AUGUCCAUUAAUUCAUCAUCAACAACAAUUUCAAAAAAUUUAAAAAGAAAGCCGCCCCCACCUCCACCACCACCACCUGAAAUAAGUACAGAUGUUGAUUUAUCAUUCAAUGAUGUUUCUUUUAAUUCAUUUGAUUCUCCAAAACCAAAAGGUCCAAAAGAAAUAUGGGAAUAUGAAACAACGCCUAAUAAAAAACACCCUGGGUAUCCAAUUGAAUCUGAAUUACCUUAUCCUACUAAACCAAUUGAAGAUAUAAUAAAUAGUGAUGAUGAAAUAGAUAUGAUUUUUAAUUAUAAUGACUCCCAAAUAAAAAGUAUCGAAGUUUCACCAUCUCAAAAUCGAACAAUUUUAAAUUCUGAAGAUACGAUAUAUAAUGAUUCAAUUCAAUUUAAAAUUAAUUCAUCACCAACUCACGACUCCAUAAAUUCUUAUUCACCUUCUCAAAUCAGAACAAAAGAAAUUAUAAAUCAAACUAUAAAUUCAACAUCUCCAAUAAUUCCGACAUUAUCUAAUAGAAGCUCAUUACCUAAUUUAUAUACAUAUUCACCGUCAAGUUCACCAACUAAAAGAUCACCAUCACCGAGACGACCAAAUCAUUUAAGAGAUGCAUCUAUGGGAUCAAAUGAAAUUAGUUUUGAAAUUUUUGAACGAAAUACAUCAAGAUGGAAUUCUUUACAACUGAAAAAAUCAACAUAUCAAAUAGUAACAGAUAAUCCAUUUUAUGAAGUUGAAGAAUUUGAAAAAAGAGUAGAAUCUCCAGCUACUGAAUAUUUUGAUUAUCUGACUUUACCUGAAUUACCUAGAAAUCAUAAAGAAUUACCACCUACACCAUUAGAUUUACCACAAUUACCAUUUGAUUCAAAUUCAUUAACUAUUUCCCAUUUUGAAGCAUGUGAGAAGAUAUGGAGUCUUUCUAGUUUAUUUUCUUGGUGUUUGAAAUUGAAAAUUUGGUUGAAUGAUUCAAAUAUAAAUAAAAAUGAGUUGAAAAGAGCUAUCACUAGAUUAAUUGCAUUUCAUAGAAAUGAUAUUUCAUUAGAUAUGAUUACGAAGAACUCAAAUAUAAUAAUUGAAAGUUUAAUGAAUAGUGGAGCAAUCGGGAUAAUUGAUGAUUUAGUUAUAUUUCAUCAUGUUUAUGUUAAUGGUAUAUUACCUGAAUUGACACCUUGUUAUUCAACCAUCCCUCAUGUUGAUUCAGUUUGUUGUUAUUCCAAUAUUUGUCAUUUUAGUAAACAAUUAAAUCUUGAAAGGAUAAUGAGAAAUAUGAAAAUUGAAGAUGUACAUUUAGAAAAUGAUUGGGCCAACCAUUGGCAUCUAACAGUUGAAAAUUUAAGAAGUUUAAACCCAAGUUUAAUCAAACAACAAAGUUAUAUCUUUGAUUUAUUAAGAUAUGAACAAACAUUUAUAGAAAGAGCAAAAUGUUGGGUUGAAAUAGUAGCUCCAGAUUUCAUAAAAGCUGGUAAAAGUUUAUCCAUAUCCAAGAUUAAAAUAUUUGAAGAUGAUGUUGUUUCCUUAGGUUCUAAAAUUGUUGAAAUUCAUCAAAAUAGUUUAUUUCAUCCGUUAUUAAAAAUAUUAAUAAGUGAAGGUAAAUUUAUAAAAAAUCUUUCUGAAAUUGCUGAUAUUUAUACAAAUUGGGCUAUUGAAAUAAGGGAAUAUUUAGUUGGGUUUAUGAAGAAUAUGCCAUUAAUUGAAGAUUUAUUAAAGAUGACUGAAUUAAAAUCAUAUGUUGAUAAUCAUAUAUCUCAAAUUCCAAAAGUUAAAGAGUUGAAAGUUAAUGUGGGGAUAUUAUUUAUAAGUACUUUUAAUAGUAGAUAUCAACAGAUACCAUUACAAUUAUUGGAAAUAAGGAAAAAAUAUAAACCUGAAGAGUUUGAAUAUGUUGCAUUGACUAAUACUAUAGAUGAGAUUAAAUCAUUAGGUUCAAGAAUAAAUGAAAUCAAGAAAAGUGCAGAUAGUGCACAUGCAUUAGAGAUUAUAAAACACCAAAUAAUUUGGAAAUCAAAUAUCAGGCAAAUAAAUUUAAAUCUUAACAGUGCUAAUAGAAAAUUCAUAUGUCGUGGUGAUUUGAAUAGAAGAAGUGAUUUAAAAUUUACUAAUUCAAUCAAUCAUGUUAUACUUCUUGAUAAUUAUUUAUUAAUUACUGAGAAAUCAAAAACUAAAAAUGGAAUUUUUUAUAAAAUAAUUGAAGAUCCAAUUCCAAUUGAUUUUGUAAUAAUUGAAGAUAAAAUAGGCAAUAUCAAAUCAUCACCACCAUCUCCAUCAACUGAAGAAAUAGAAGAACCAGAUCAAGAUUAUCAAUUUAAAGUAAGAUAUGCUGGUAGAUCAAAGAAAAAUUCAUUUACAUUUGGAACUAAAUCAGAAAGGGAAAAAUAUGAUUGGAUAAACUUUAUCAAACUAGCAAAAGAAUCAUUAAGUAAGAAAACUAAACCUUCAAAUCCUUAUAAAGUUCAAUUGAUUUCAAAUACAUGUUUUGGAUAUGAAUUUAAUAAUAGAAUUUUGAAAUUACAGAUUUUAGACCAAUUUGACCCAAUUUAUCAGUUAUGUUUAGAUUCACAAGAAAAGUUAAAUAAAUUGGGUAUAUUAGAUUCAAUUUAUGCUAAUUCAAGAAAUAGAAUUGUUUUUUCAAGAGUAUUAUGCAUGAAUUCAUUUGAUUAUUUAGGUUCUAAAUUUACUUUAAUUGGAUUAAGUAAUGGUUUGUACAUGUGUGAAUCAAAAUCUCAUUGGAAGAAGAUUAUGAAUGGAUCAGACUUUACUAAAAUUUAUACAGAUACAAACUUAAAUCUUAUAAUUACACUUAAUGAUAAACAAUUGAAAUAUUAUCCAAUUUAUCAAUUUAUCAAUGUUUAUUAUGAAAAAGAUUCAAAUAUAACAUCAAUUUUAUUAUCUAAUGAAUCUGUAUCAUUUUUCAGCAUGAGUAAACAUAAGAAUAUCACAAUGUUAUUUUACGCAAAACGGAAAACAAACUCAACAGUGACGCAUUUCAAAGUAUUAAUUCCAGAAACAGAUAAUAAUGGAAUAUUCAGUAGAUUCAAAGAUGAGAAGAAAUUUUAUAUUGAGGCUGAAUGUUAUGGAAUUUCAAUUUUCAAUAGUUCAUUCACCGUAUUCACAAAUAAAGGAUUUGAAGUUUUGGAAUUAGAUAAAUUGAUACCGAGAACUGUUCCUGAUUUACCUACUGAAAUUGUACAUUCUCCAGAUCAGUCAUAUUCCAAGAAAGCAAACACAGUAAUUGAAACAAUUAAGAAAUUGAUUUCAAGUUCUAAUGUUAAACCAUUGGGUAUGUUUAAAUUGAAUAAUAAUACUGAGUUUUUAUUAGUGUAUAAUGAAUUUGCUAUCUUUAUAAACAAGCAUGGAAAAUUAUCAAGGAGUUCAAUUUUGAUAUUUGAAUUCAAGGUUAAAUAUACUAAAUUUACAAAUAAUCAUUUGUUUAUAAUUAAUGAUGAAUGUGUUGAAGUUUUAUCUAUUUCAGAUUUUGUUAAAGGUUCAAAUAAAUUAAUUCAAGUUGUGACUGGUAAAGAUAUUAGAUUGAUUAAUGGUGGUGAUAAUGAAGUUGUUUCUAUUGCUAUGGCUAAUCCUACUGUUUGUGGAUUACAAUUGGUUUUCAAUUUAGUAAGUAAGAAAUAA